AUGCGACCGACUGAAGUGAGAACUUACUACAGCAAGCUUUCAUUUGGAUCCGCAGAUGCUGCUGCUCAAGAUGAUUCCAGAAAAAAAUUCCAAUCAAAAUGCUUGCAUUUGAGAUGGGUCACAAUCCACUGUCUUCAACAGUCAUUCGAGAAAGGAUUUUUUUCCAACAAUCUCUGGUUUGGAGUGUUGGAAAUGCACCAACUCGCUCGUUUAUCUACGUUGACUGAAAAUAAGGAGAAUAGUCAACUUCGUCAACGUGAGGGUGAAGUUGGCCAACUGCGACGAGAAAUUGCUCGGCUCAACGAGAAACACGAGCAUUUGCUUGCAGAGCUCUCCAGACAAUCAGCAACAGUUGAGGGUGGCCUCUCUUCCCUUCCUCUUGACGUUGAUGCUGGAGGCAAGAGUCUACCCCAACGCUACGAAGUCCUCCUCCAACUCUAUGGUCAGAAGUUGGAAGAGAACAACGAGUUGAGGCUGGAUCUUCGAGAAGCGAAAGAGGCCUAUCAAAGCCAGUUGACGGAUUUGUUGAACAAAUUGGAGUCGAAAAGAUGA